AUGUCAGGUACCGUUAAGAAUCCCGGUACACAGCCUGCUGUGGAGGCACUCGAUAUCGCAUAUAAAGCCAAGGCAGAGGUCCUGAAUGAUGCUAUCCAGGAGAUAGGCAUGGGACGCUAUCAAUGGCAGCUAUUUGUCGUGAUCGGCUUCGGUUGGGCUUCGGACAACCUGUGGCCUGUCGUCACCUCGCUCAUUCUCACCCCCAUCGCGUACGAGUUCGCCCCAUCACACCCACCGUUGCUCACUCUCUCUCAGAACCUCGGCUUGCUGGCCGGGGCGAUGUUCUGGGGGUUUGGCUGCGACCUGUUCGGACGACGCUGGGCCUUCAACCUCACCAUCGGCAUCACGGCAGUGUUUGGCCUGAUCGCCGCGGGGGCCCCGACUUUCGGCGCAGUCUGUACCUUUGCAGCCUUGUGGUCGGUGGGCGUCGGAGGAAAUCUCCCAGUUGAUUCAGCCAUCUUCCUUGAGUUUCUCCCGGCCUCCCACCAGUAUCUGCUCACAGUGUUGUCGAUCGACUGGGCGUUUGCGCAGGUGCUGGCAACUCUCGUAGCCUGGCCGCUACUGGGAGACUUCACCUGUGUAGAUGAAUCUAGAUGCACCCGAACCGAGGAUAUGGGAUGGAGGUACUUCCUGCUUGCCAUGGGAGCCAUCGCGAUGCUGAUGUUCGCUGUCCGGCUUUCCUAUUUCACCAUCUUCGAGUCACCCAAGUACCUGAUGGGCAAGGGCAGGAACGACGAAGCGGUUCGCGUGGUGCACGAAGUGGCGCGGAGGAACGGCAAGGCCUCAUCUCUCACAGUGGCUGAUCUGGAUGACUGCGACUACCAGCAGCAGCAGCAGCAGCAGGAGCGGCAACAGCAGGGGAACAGCGGCCCGAGUACAGCGGAGAUUCUGCGUCGACGGCUCUCGAAGCUCGACCUGGCGCACAUCAAAGCGUUGUUCCAGACACCCAAGCGCGCGUACGCAACGACCCUGAUCGUGCUCGUCUGGGCCCUGAUCGGCCUGGGAUUCCCACUCUACAACGCCUUCCUGCCGUACAUCCAGCAGACGCGCGGCGUCGAGUUUGGCGACGGUUCAACUUACCUAACCUACCGUAACUCGCUCAUCAUCGCCCUCCUAGGCGUGCCGGGCUGUCUGCUCGGCGGCGUGCUCGUCGACCUGCCCCGGUUCGGACGCAGGGGCGCCCUCUCGCUCUCCACCGCGCUCACGGGCGUGUUUCUCCUGGCCUCCACCUCGGCGACAUCCUCCAACACCCUCCUCGCCUGGAACUGCGCCUACACCUUCAUGAGUAACAUCAUGUACGCCGUCCUCUACGCCUACACGCCUGAGAUCUUUCUGACUAAACACCGCGGCACGGGGAACGCCCUCGCCGCCUCCGCCAACCGUAUCUUCGGCGUCUUGGCCCCCGUCAUCGCCAUGUUUGCCAAUCUUGAAACAGCCGUGCCUGUUUACCUCAGCGGUGCGCUGUUUCUCAUCGCAGCUCUGCUUGUAGUCUUGAUCCCGUAUGAGUCACGAGGGAAGGCGAGUCUAUAA